GUUCAGAUUGACUGGCCAGUUUGGGGGGUGGGAAUGGGGUGACGGUGACGUGGGAUCCCGUGACGAAGGAUCAGUUCAUCGCAGAGACAGCAAGCCAGAGAAGCGCCUUGCUUUUGCAGAAGGUCGGCGAAAAUAGGAGGGAAAUGGUAAGCAAGCCCCCGAGAUCCAGGGAGAUCCAGAGAUCAUGCAGCAAGUCGCGAGGAAAUCGCCGGGAGGGAAAUCGAGGAUGAUGAUAAAUGGGCAGCACAGCCAGGGGAAGGCCGUGGAAGGCAAACAGAAGGACCGAACGGAAGAGGCAAAGCGAACGGGCAGUCCGGCCCAGCAACGGGAAGGAGAGCAGCCGGCGGUGAUUGGGUGGUGGCUGCAGAGAGGGGGAGAAACGAGGUUUUUGGCUCGGUGUGUUUGCCCCGUAAUGGGAAAGGUUCAGAGGCGUAUUAAUGGCGAAAAAGUACCCGGUCGGUCGGGGGUUUUGGUUGGGUGGUUGCGCUGCGGUAUGGAUGCCUGGGCGGUAACUGCUUUACGGGACAGGCGGACAAAACCGAGGGGCAAAAAAGAAAUAAUCGAAAUAAAAAUAAAUAGGGCCAGUCACACCUCCGGGCACACUGCCACGCUGGGAACAGGCACUAGGAUAAAAGUAGAACAACGGAUGCGAUGAAGUGGCACCACGUUGACGGGCUCAAAGGACUGGAUGAUCAAUGGAUGAAUAAGAACCAGGCAGAUUGUGCCACUCCGUCGUGGUGAAUAAUAUAGCAGUCCCUGGUGGAAGACGCUCGAUGAUGCCACGCCGAACGAUCGUAGGGAUAGGGUUUGGGCUGUCAGGCAAAAAUGAGAUAAUAAUGAUCGCAGUCCACUCAAGGAAUAAUCGAAUUAGGUAGAGGAGUAUGCCGGCCCACCUUUUUGGGCCUGUUCUUGCCUGA